UUUGUCAAUUUUUGUCUUACACAGGAUGUGAACUUUGCAAGAAACUACACAAGACGACCUUCAGUAUUGAUAACAGCAACCCAUGAUACAAGUGUUGGCCUUACUAACCCUACAUGCAACGGGAUUUCAGCUUGGAUUGAGAAUAUUACGAUGGAAGCAUUCCGUGUUUGUCUUAAAGAGCUGUACUCGGACCGUUAUGAUCCUGUCACCCUGCAGUACGUGGUUGUAUCAGAUAUGUGUGGAAAAGACUGGAACUACUUCAAUGGCUUCUGCUACAAGACCACMUCUUCCUGUGYYUCUUGGAAUGCAGCUCAGUCCAACUGUCUUGAUGUCAACUCCAAUCUGACCAGUGUMACCAGCCARGAAGAAAACACGUACAUUCAACAUCGUCACGRCGGUGAUACAGGAUGGAUAGGWCUACAAGACAUUGACAGUGAAGGAAACUUUACCUGGAUUGACGGUACCAAUGUUAACUUUACGUACUGGGCGCCAAGCCAACCAAACGGUUACCCUGGAGACCAGGAUUGCGUUCAUACCCUUGGAUUACGUCAUGACUAUCAUUGGAAUGACGUAACAUGUGGGUCUUGCCAUGCCUACACGUGCAAACGAGAUAUUGAUGAAUGUUCUGCGGAAUACCACAUGUGUGAUGUAAAUGCACAAUGUAUCAAUACUGAUGGUUCGUACACUUGUACUUGUAAAUCUGGCUAUAAUGGCGAUGGAAGGACAUGCUCAGUUUCCGAAUGUUUUUCCUAUACUGAGAUAUCUGAUGGAACUCGACAUGUAAACUAUGGGAACUACAGGACUCUGUGCGACAGUGGUAUGUCCGUUAAGUGGUAUCGUUUGACUGGUGCAGCCGGUAUACGAAUGCCAACAUCUUGUGUAUCGUAUAACCAAUGUGACGCACACGCUCCAGGCUGGUUGAAUGGUGCUCACCCCACGGUGCAGGAAGGAAUAGUCUCAAGAACCGUUUGCUUUCACUGGACAUCAAGCUGUUGCCAGUUCAGUAAUACGAUCCGCGUGCUGAACUGUGGAGCAUUUUAUGUGUAUGAGUUUAAGCCUCCCGAAGCCGGCUGCUCUCUUCGCUACUGUGGUACAAACUAGACACAGGUGCAAACACAUGUCCAUGGUUUUGAUAAGCUUACAACAGGCUCAGCCGACACCAAAUGGUGGAACAAAUAAAAAAACAGUAACAGUUGCUAACAGAUACUCAUCAUAACCCAUAUUUGUGUCAAGUCAGUCCAAAUGCUGAUAUARGCAAAAAUAACCGUAAAUUCAGUUAAGAUAGCAUUGUUAGACCUAAAAUUUGUGUUUCAUAGUGAUAGGGAAUUGAAAAAAAAAUGAGCAUUAGAAAUUAAUAAACUUAUACCUCAAUGAGUGCAAAACU